CCGCCCGCGGGGGGGCGGGAGUGUCUGGGAUCCGUGGGGUGGGCAGGUAGCGGUAGUCUCCAGGCGCGGAGUGGUCUCCAUUCUUACGUGCUCCGGCUUGGGUCCGGCCCCGGAGAGGAUCGGCUGUGGGCGAGGCGACACGGGUUUCUCGGUCUUCCACUGGACCCCCUCCCCUGUCCUGAGCCCUGAGCUGGCACCAUGCACGGGCGCCUGAAGGUGAAGACAUCGGAAGAGCAGGCGGAGGCCAAAAGGCUAGAGCGGGAGCAGAAGCUGAAGCUAUACCAGUCAGCCACCCAGACGGUCUUCCAGAAGCGCCAGGCUGGUGAGCUGGAUGAAUCAGUGCUGGAACUGACAAGCCAGAUUCUGGGAGCCAACCCCGACUUUGCCACCCUCUGGAACUGUCGUCGUGAGGUGCUUCAGCAGCUGGAGGCCCAAAAGUCCCCUGAGGAGUUGGCAGCUCUGGUGAAGACAGAACUGGGCUUCCUGGAAAGCUGCCUGCGGGUGAACCCCAAGUCCUAUGGUACCUGGCACCACCGCUGCUGGCUGCUCAGCCGCCUGCCAGAGCCCAACUGGGCCCGGGAACUGGAGUUAUGUGCCCGCUUCCUCGAGGUCGAUGAGCGGAACUUUCACUGCUGGGACUACCGGCGCUUUGUGGCCACACAGGCAGCUGUGCCCCCUGCAGAGGAGCUAGCCUUCACCGACAGCCUCAUCACCCGAAACUUCUCCAACUACUCCUCCUGGCAUUACCGCUCCUGUCUCUUGCCCCAGCUGCACCCCCAGCCAGACUCUGGAUCCCAGGGACGCCUCCCCGAGGAUGUGCUCCUCAAAGAACUGGAGCUGGUACAGAAUGCCUUCUUCACUGACCCAAAUGAUCAGAGCGCCUGGUUCUAUCACCGCUGGCUCCUGGGACGAGCUGACCCUCAGGAUGCCCUGCGCUGCCUGCAUGUGAGCCGAGAUGAGGCCUGUCUGACUGUCUCCUUCUCUCGGCCCAUCCUAGUGGGGUCUGGGACAGAGACCUUGCUGCUCAUGGUGGACGAGUCACCCCUGGCUGUGGAGUGGAGGACCCCAGAUGGCAGGACCCGGCCCAGCCACGUCUGGCUCUGUGACUUGCCCGCUGCCUCCCUCAAUGACCAGUUGCCCCAGCAUACAUUUCGUGUCAUUUGGACAGCAGGCGAUGCCCAAAAGGAGUGUGUGCUUUUAAAAGGCCGCCAGGAGGGCUGGUGCCGGGACUCAGCCACUGAUGAGCAGCUCUUCAGGUGUGAGCUGUCGGUGGAGAAGUCCACGGUGCUCCAGUCUGAACUUGAGUCCUGUAAGGAGUUGCAGGAGCUGGAGCCGGAGAAUAAAUGGUGUCUGCUCACCAUCAUUUUGCUGAUGCGGGCACUGGACCCCCUACUAUAUGAGAAGGAGACACUGCAGUAUUUCCAGACCCUCAAGGCUGUGGACCCGAUGCGGGCCGCAUACCUGGACGACCUGCGCAGCAAGUUCCUGGUGGAGAACAGCGUGCUCAAGAUGGAGUACGCCGAGGUGCGCGUGCUGCACCUGGGUCAUAAGUCAGUCUUCCCAACACAGCAGUUCCGUCACGUCACUGCCGCCCACCUCUGCUGCCACCACACUGAUCCCCCAGACUCAGCAGGCCCACUCCUGCCAGUAUCGGAUCUGACGGUACUCUGCCAUCUGGAGCAGCUGCUCUUGGUCACUCACCUGGACCUGUCACACAAUCGUCUACGAGCCCUGCCCCCCGCCCUGGCUGCCCUGCGCUGCCUUGAGGUCCUGCAGGCCAAUGAUAAUACUAUAGAGUCCCUGGAUGGUGUUGCCAACCUGCCCCGGCUGCGGGAGCUCUCCCUGUGUAACAACCGCCUCCAGCAGCCAACAGUGCUCCAGCCUCUUGUCUCCUGCCCCAAGCUGGUCCUCCUCCACCUGCAGGGCAACCCGCUAUGCCAAGCAGUGGGCGCUUCUGAGCACCUGGCUGAGCUGUUGCCUUCAGUUAACAGCAUCCUCACCUAGAGAUCCUUCCCCUCCUCACUUGCUCUUUAACUUAUUGGGACUGAAUAAACAAUGGAGAGGCCCCCUUGGGCUGCUA